UGGUGUUCUCCCAACAAUACAGCAGGCGUGAUGUUUGUGUUUUAGUUGUGCCUGACUGACUGCCAGGUUCGGCUUGAACGUGCAGGCAGGAAAUAAAGCGCGCGCCUGCGUUUAAUGGCGCAUCGUGCGUAACAGGGAAGUGAGCAUACCUCACCUACUUUCUGCCGCAAACUUUUCAGCUGCCCAGCUGAACCGCUCGAAGCUGUUAGUUUUUUUUCCUUUUCUCAUCCUCAAAUCGACGACAUUUUAUGUUGAAACUUUUGCUCUUUUUCUUUUCCCUUUUUUUUUUAAGAAGCAGGACCCGCUGAGGAAGAGGAGGAUGUUCGGACUGUCAGAGAACUUAUGAAACACGGGAGAAAGAAGAAGCGACGCGGACCAAAAGUCUUUCUCACUGUUAUGAAAGCCUCGUUUCGCUGAAGACCUGCUUGACUAUGGCCUGUUGGGUACCAAUAGAAAAGAUCCUGGAACAUGUGUCGCUUCAGACACAGAACCUCUAUCCAGCGCACACCUUCCCCAUCGAAGUCCGAUAUUAUAUGCGUGAUUGGAUUCAGAGCCAGAGAUGGGAUGAGUUCRCACUGGAGAAAGUGGAGCUGGAAUCUCAGGCACAGGAUCUGUUGAAUCACAUCAUCAACACUUUGCAAGAACUUGCCCAGCGCACUGACAACGUUGUGGAGAGGAUGAAACUGGCACAGAUCAGCAGAAACAUGGCGAACAACCAGCCUCUACAGUUUGCUGUGUUGGUCAGAGAUAUUCUCACUCAGGAGAAGGUUCUGAUGGAAAGGAUUCAGGACAACAGCUGUCCACAGUACCCUCAGACUGACCCACAGCCUAAUUCCAUCGCACAGAUAUACCCCAACAGUGAGGAUGUGGGGAAGCUGAGAGAGAAAGUGGUGGAGCUGCAGAUGAUGAGAAAAAAAGAGCACGAUUUGCAAGAAGAUCUCAACUGGGAAAAGCAGAAUUAUGAAAAUUUAACAGGGCAGUUCCAGCAGAAUGGGUUGGAAUAUAAAACGGAACUUCAGAAACUCCUCAACAACAUCCAGACACUGGAGCAUAACAUACGUGAAUUGUCGACGAAAAGAUGCCAGCUAAUGAAGAACUGUGUGGACCAUCUGGAACACUCCCAAACCCAUUUCAUCAGCAGGAUGAAGUUGUGGAAAUGUGAGCAGCACAGAGCCGUUAUAGGACAUCCCUUUGAUGAAAACCUCAACCCUCUGCAGACCUGGUGUGAGCACCUGCUUGGGGUGAAUUGGGAYUUGAGACAGGAGUUAAUGUUGUCUAGAGAAAAAAUCCCAGACCUACAAGAAAGGCUGAGGACUCUUCUGCAGGCUCUGAUUGAAAGCUCUGUUGUAGUAGARAAGCAGCCCCCUCAGGUCAUUAAAACGCAGUCAAAGUUCUCAACAACUGUGAGAUAUCUGCUGGGGGAGAAACUAGCACCAGGGAAGCCUAUGGUGGUGAAGGCGCAGAUUAUUAAUGAACAGCAAGCCAGAAACYUGGGCAAUAUAUCCAGUGAAAAUGUGGGAGAAGUGAUCAACAACUCAGCCGUUCUGGAGCACAACACAGCCACCAGGAGCACAUGUGCCACCUUCAGAAAUAUGUCUAUAAAGAGAAUCAAGCGAGCUGACAGAAAGGGGUCGGAGUCUGUGACAGAGGAGAAGUUUGCGCUCCUGUUCUCCACAGACAUCUACAUCACAGGCUGUGACCUAUCAUUCAGGAUACAGCUGAUGUCUCAGCCGGUGGUGGUCAUUGUUCAUGGCAGUCAAGACAACAAUGCUUUGGCCACYAUUAUAUGGGAUUAUGCGUUUGCUGAACCAGACCGAAGGCCCUUUGUGGUGCCGGAGAGUGUGCCCUGGAGGUUGAUGUCCAACACUCUCAACCUGAAAUUUACUUCCGAGGUCCAGACACAGCACCAGCUGCACGACUACAACAAACACUUUUUGGCCGGGAAGAUAUUUGACAAGUUAGAUAGUCCCGAGGGCUUCGACAACAUGAUGGUUUCAUGGGCCCAGUUUAAUAAGGAGGUCCUCCCAGGUCGACCAUUCACUUUCUGGCAGUGGUUUGAGGGAGCCAUGGAGCUGACCAAGAAACAUCUGAGGACUUACUGGAGCGAAGGGCUGAUAUUUGGUUUCAUCGGAAAGCAACACCUACACUUCAUUCUCAGAGACAGCCCCAACGGGACCUUCCUACUUCGCUUCAGUGACUCUGAGAUUGGAGGCAUCACCAUUGCUUAUGUUUGCGCUUCGGAAAACGGAGGACGGCAAGUCCAGAACAUCCAGCCUUUCACUAAGAGAGAUCUGGAGAUCCGCAGCCUUGGUGACCGCAUCCGAGACAUCAACGAAAUAGCAUUUCUGUACCCCAACUUUCCUAAACAUGAUGUUUUCAAAAAACACUACUCAGGGCCUCAGGUGCCAGCUGCUUCAGGCUACAUCCCGGUCUCUCUUCAGACUAAAGUCGGCAUGGAAUCUUCACUUCCAGCUCCUAAUGUGGCACAGAUGAACAACGCWCCCACAGGCUUUGCUGGGGGUGCUAUUUCCCCGACUAAUAUUCAAACCAUGGACUGUGUCCCCAUAGAUUCCACACUUGCUCCUGAUGAUGCAUCAAGUUUUCUGGAUGAUGCUAUUUCCCAGAGUUCUCUGCAAGACCUGGAUUU